AUGCAUACCGCUACGUUCAUCACCCUUCUCGCCUCUGUGGUAUCGGCCACUCCCUACGGCCACCGUUUCGACACCCGCGCUGAGACCUGUCCCGUGGUCUUCGACGGCCGCGUUCCCUCCAACGCGUCUCUGACCGACUUCGACAAGGAGAAUGGUGGAGGCUGGAACCCUUACAACCCAGGCUUCGUCAAGGGAAACAACAUCACUUGGUCUGAGAUUCUCAAGCUGCCCAAGACCAAGACCAGCUCCCGCUUCGAUACUGCAGAGGGAAAUCUUCCUCUCGAGGUCACCAUUAGCGAUGAGAGCAUCUUCAUGAAGCAGCUCGGCUUCAGGCGUGCGGGUCUGCAGUUCAGCAAGGAUACCAACGAGGGCAGCCCUGGUGCUAAGGGUGUCAAGACUCUUCACUUUAGUAUCAUGCAGGAUGCGAGCCGGCCUCUCAACCUCAGCCACGAGUACUUGAACGUCUGGCAUGAAAAGGCCGAUUUCUCAGGAAACCAGUUCCAGUUCCAGACCGGUACCCUCAUUGGCCAGAAGCUCAAGGCCAAUACUUGGAAGCUACUCGACCAGCAGAACAAGCUUCUCUGGGAGACCCCCAUGGUCAAGGGCAAGUGGCAGAACUUUGCCAUCACCCUCGAUUACGAGAAGAACACUAUCCAAAUGUACUACUCCGAGGGUUGCAAGCGUCUUAAGGCUGCUACUGAGCUCAUCUCUCGCGACUUGAGUGGUCAGGGACAGUACCAGAUCGGUAUCCUCAAGAAGCCCACUGGCACUGAUGAUGUUGCCAAUGCUGGCUUCCAGGAGAAGAACUUGAACGAGGGACUCAUUUAUGGUGGAAUCUUUGUUGAGGACAGCAAGAGUGGUUGUGUCUCUCUUUAG